AUGGAAACGACUGAUUGCAAUCCUUGCAGCUUCCAAGUGCAGCUUGACUCAAACUCUUUGUUSCAAGUAUUCUCUUUAUUGGAUAUAAAAGACAAACAAAAUGUCGCCCAAGUUUGCCAGCACUGGAGGGACGUUGCCUCUCUUCCUUCUCUUUGGAGGAACGUUAGCGUUGUUCUUCACAAUAACCUUGGCGUUUCUCUGGUUAGGAGUUUAUACCAGCGUAAGAUAACGCGAUUUGUGUGUCAUGGAUCUACUGAGGAAGAUCUGUCGUUGUUGUUUCAGAKCAACCCCAUUAUCACUAGCCUCUAUAUAAGUGGGUGUCGCCAUGUUAGUCAAACAUUUUUGGAGACAAACUUGAUGAAGUUGGAGAACCUUGUUUCUCUACACAUUACAGAAUGCAGGCAAAUUAACCUGAACUCGCUGUACCAUAAGAAAUCUUUAAAAGGAGUAUUAAGUAAUCUAAAAAGCUUUACACUUCCAGUGGUCACACGUAUUCAGGGGUAUAGUAGUUUUGAAUCAAUCCUAAAGAGAUGUCCACGUUUAGAGGAAGUAGGCUAUGAUGGAGAUCUUCCUUUGAGAUUUUUUUUCACAUGUCCGGCAAUGAUCCUGGCCAGGUUAUGCCCAAAUCUUCAACGAUUAAAGUUGGGACCUGAAUGGGUGAAAAAGAAAAAUGUAUGGAGAGAUGRCUUGGAAGUUCUUGAUGUAAAAGCACUUGAUUUGGACAUGAGGCCACUCCACCCCCCAGGGCUGGGACCUAGCGUUGAAGAAAACAUAAUGUAUAUUGCUGAUGUUUUACCAAAACUUGAGCGUUUGAAUCUGUUUUGUAAAGGCAGAAUUUCAGUUYAUGGAAUUAURACUCUUGUCAAGAAACUKAAAAACUUGAAGCAUUUUGACKUUUCUCAAGUUUACUUCRCUUUUGAUUGUGAUAGAAYAAAAAUAUUCUAUGAGUUMUCAAAAAUGUCACAACUYGAAACACUGAAACUUGACUUWCRUGAAAGUAUCACAGCUGAGUUGYUUUACACRCUUGUUGAAGGAUUGRCAAAUUUGAAGCACUUGGAACUUGGUGAUGUUGGGAGUAUAAGMCCUGAYUAUGCAGACCUCAUAGGGGGACAGUUACAAAAGCUCAGGUCAUUCAAAGUCACGGUAUCACCUUYUGGCGGAUCUGGAAUUGGUGCUCUUUGUGGUAAACUACCUAACCUAACUGAUUUAACUAUCAAACAUGGUGGCCUUACCAAUGGAGGUUUGAUACAAAUGUCAUCAGGAGUGACACAGAGUCAACUUAAGUCACUUAAUGUUGCUGGAAGUCAAAAAAUAAACGAUCAAGGGAUUACAUGCAUUGCAAAUACUUUUAAAUCARUGACGUGCUUGGAUAUUACUUCAUGCAGUGUGAGUGAUUCUGGUUUGGCAGUUAUUGCUGAGCAAAUGAADCAACUGGAAAGGCUGAGUGUAACUGGGAGGAAGGUUACAAAUUAUGGUGGAGUUAUGAUUGGGAAGCACCUGAAACGAUUGGAGCAUUUGAAGAUCAGUGGUACCAAAAUUGGAGAUCAAGGAUUUGCCUUCAUCUGCCACCAGCUACAACGUCUUCACACACUUCAAGCAUUUUGUGACAUGGUGACUGAUCAAGGGUUCCAGGAAGGUGUCAGAGGGCUAGGGAAGCUAAUAACGCUGCAAAUAGGGUCCCAUAAUAUCCGCAGUAAAGGAUUUCUAGAUGCUUUGGUGCAUUUGAAAAGUGUUGUCCACCUAACAAUCAGAGCAAUCACKYUACGUGAUGAUGGUAUACAGCAUAUGAUUACAGAAAUGCCCUUGUUAUCAAAGUUAUCCAUCCAUUGUUGCAACCAUUUCAGAAGCCUUGAAGAUGAUGUUUUAAAAUUCAAGAAUAGGCAAUUGCAUGACAAGAGAAUAACAUUGGAAUCAAGGUUUUAUCCAUGUAAACGUUUCACUCCCAGGAGUGAGUUUACUGGACAAGAGCUAUGGGAAAUAUUUCCCUACCUACCAUUCUUAUAUGAGUGAAGUUAAGGAACUUGUGAAGCACAAGCAAGAACAGAACUUAUAUAGUACUUCUGUCAUGACUUUGUCAACAUGAAUAUAAACUUUGGAGAAUUAGGAAUUUAUCCUUGAGUGUACGGCCCUCAUCACUCAUCUUGACUAUAAACUUGAUAAAGGACCUUUAAUAGUCACYRUAAUCAAGGAAUCUCACSCACUAAGCUCAGGAA